UGACCAAGAUUUUACAGCAUGUUCUACAGAAACUAGUGAGAAGUUCUGUUUUUGACACCUACAAUCAGUCUAUAACAUAUCGUCAGAAGAUGCCUCCUCCUGAUCGGUGGCUGGACUAUUCCAACUGUGGAAAAGUUAUUCCUGGAACCAACAUUGUGUGCUUCAAAGUACCAUUGAAACAUGGACUUUUGAGGUUGGUUCCUGCAGAAAAGUGGUUCACUCCAAAACAGCUGAUAGAUCACGUAGAGAAAGAACAGAAAAAACUAAAACUGGUGAUAGACCUCACCUUCACUAAGAAGUACUAUUUCACCGACGAUUUCACAAAAAAUGGAGUUGAAUAUCUCAAAAUUUUUACAGAGGGACAUGUGAUACCUUCAGACGAUGUGGUCCAUAGGUUUUUUGAUGCUGUUGAAACAACUAAAGCUGAAAGUGAUGAUGCCGCUGUGAUAGGAGUACACUGUACCCACGGAGUUAACAGGACUGGCUAUGUGGUAUGCAGGUACAUGAUAGAACGUUUAGCCUUUAAACCAGAGGAAGCCAUACAAGUGUUCAAUGCUGCCAGAGGCCAUGACUUGGAGCGCGAGAACUACCUGGCUAAUCUACACACCAAAACUCUUUUGGAAGGCUACAAGAAUGAAGAGAGGCAUAAACUUGAACAGAAGAAACCCCAAUCUACAUACCAUUCACACUCUAAAAGACAACAACAAGGUCGCUCUGGUAGUCAAGGUAAAGACUUCCACAACAAUGACGACCAAGGUUCUGGUAGCCACUGUAACGAUGCCCAUAGACACUGUGAUCCACGUUCUGGAAGCCGUGAUCAAGAUACCUAUCAUUGGCAUGACCGACAUUCUGAUAGCCAUAGUAAAAGCUACCACACGGACGCUUACCACGACAAUGCUAGAUAUGAGCCCACCUAUGAGGAUAGAUAUCCUUAUGGUGAAUACACUUUUGAGAUAGAGGAAGGAAAGAGAGACAUGCAAAAUGAAUUGGGUGGCUGGGAUUCCCAAGAUCAGAAUUAUAAGAGUCAGAGGCAUGAAUAUAGAGGGCACGGUCAGGGCUCUAGAUAUCGGGGUGAUAGUUACAAAGGUCAAGGGCAGGACUCAAGGGGUCAACAGUACGUAAGGUCCUUGGACAGUGAUUGGAGGAUGGCGCACCAGAGAGGUAGAUGUCAGGGUGAUGAUUACAAAGGUCAAGGGCAGGACUCCAGGGGUCAACAGUUCGUAAGGUCCUUGGACAGUGAUUGGAGGAUGGCGCACCAGGGAGGUAGAUGUCAGGGUGAUAGUUACAAAGGUCAAGGGCAGGACUCAAGGGGUCAACAGUAAGUAAGGUCCUUGGACAGUGAUUGGAGGAUGGCGCACCAGGGAGGUAGAUGUCAGGGUGAUAGUUACAAAGGUCAAGGGCAGGACUCCAGGGGUCAACAGAACGUAAGGUCCUUGGACAGUGAUUGGAGGAUGGCACACCAGGGAGGCUGGCAACACUCAAACAGUGGUCAACACACUCAUCAGCCAUACCAUUCGCAAAACUUUAGAGAUCACGAGGGGUCAGGUAGACGUCAAAGUCAUGAGAGGUCAGACAGACAUCAAAGUGAUAAGUACAACCGUAGCCACAGAUCAAGAGAUGGUCAAGAUUUAAAGGGUAGUUACAGUCGACAGUACAGUCAAACUGAGCACCUAGAUACUACACAGCAAUGGAGUGGCCACGAUGGAGGGUCACAACAUGAUAACAACAGCUGAUGCUACCAGUAAAUAUUCACCCAAAUUUUAAUGUUAUUUUAAUUACCAGGUAUGUUACCUGGAUAAAUAUUCCAUGUUUUAUAUAAUGUUUCACCCUUCUGAAACAUUGAUUAAUCACAGGGAAGCAAGGAAACUUGUUUGCCUACCACAAGGACAAUAAAUGUAUACCUAUAUGCUAGGUUCAUAGAAGUUAUCAUUUCUUCUAUACCAGCCUUAAGCGCUUGAGGCCCAAGGACUGAUAUAGUUCAAGAAUUGUGCAGCUGAGGAUAUAACCUUUUUAUCAUAUACUACUUGCGGUAAACAUCAAAAUAUUAUUAGUUAUAAUGCAAAUCAAGUGUUAUUUCUUUUCUGAAAUGUGUUGAACCUGAUGUAAAACAGUUAUGGCAGAUGGGGGUGGAUAUUGGUGGAUCUGGGAUGUGGCCUGUUCACAGCUAGCGGUAUCACACAUGCAAAACAAUCCUUAUGAAAUAAAAGUAUAUAAUAAUUAAUGGUAUAUAGUUGUCCUUCAUAUGUUUCGCAUGUGCAAUACUGCUAGAUGUGGAUAGACCAUAAUCCAGACCAACCCAUAUUCCCCUUCAACCCAUAUCCCCCUGGCACCAACCCAUAUCCCCCUGGCAUAUCGCAUAUUCUGGAAAAAGCGCAGUUGACAGGGAUUUACCUCUCGAUACAGAGACGGCAGGGAUAACUGUAUUAAAGAUUUUAUGAAAAACAAAUGCAAAGAUAUAUAGCUUCCUAUUGAAUACCUAUUUAAGUCAUGGGAUUGUGCAUUUAUUGAUAUUUUUUUCAUUAUCGCCGGGAAAUACCUAGCGCUUAUCAAGACAGCCAAAAGGCUGUAGUAACACUACAAGGGUUAACCCAUGUUAUAUGAUCUCUCAGCCCUGUGAUUGGUUGUAAGUUUCAAUUGUGACAUCAUGCCUAGGACAAGUACAU